GGGGCCGCUGCGGGGCUGCAGCUUCCCCGCUGCCUCCUCCUCCCUUCCUCCCUCCUCCUCCUCCUCCUCCUCCUCCUCCCCGUGGGUGUUUUUUUUUCCUCCCCUCCUCCCCUCUCCCCCCGCGCUGAUUUCCCUCCCCUCCGCCCGCCCUGCCUGUGUGUUUUCGCCGCCGCGCUCGCCGAGCCCCUUGGCAUGAGUUAAGCACCAGCCAUGGACACCAAACACUUCCUGCCGCUGGAUUUCUCCAACCAGGUGAAUUCCACGUCCCUGAACUCCCCCACCAGCCGGGGGCCCAUGGCCACCCCGUCCUUGCACCCGUCCAUCGGGCCGGGCAUCGGCUCCUCGCUGGGCUCGCCGGGCCAGCUGCACUCGCCCAUCAGCACCCUGAGCUCGCCCAUCAACGGCAUGGGCCCCCCCUUCUCCGUCAUCAGCUCCCCCAUGGGGCCACACUCGAUGUCUGUCCCCUCCACGCCCAGCCUGGGCUUCGGCACCAGCAGCCCGCAGCUCAACUCGCCCAUGAACUCCGUCACCAGCACAGAAGACAUCAAGCCACCCCUGGGGCUCAAUGGAGUCCUCAAAGUGCCAGCACAUCCCUCAGGAACGAUGGCCUCCUUCACCAAGCACAUAUGUGCCAUCUGCGGGGACAGAUCUUCGGGUAAACAUUACGGGGUUUACAGCUGUGAGGGCUGCAAAGGCUUCUUCAAGCGCACGGUGCGCAAGGACCUGACCUACACCUGCCGGGACAACAAGGACUGCCUGAUCGACAAGCGCCAGCGCAACCGCUGCCAGUACUGCCGCUACCAGAAGUGUCUGGCCAUGGGCAUGAAGAGAGAAGCCGUGCAGGAGGAGAGGCAGCGGGGCAAGGACCGCAACGAGAACGAGGUGGAGUCCACCAGCAGCGCCAACGAGGACAUGCCCGUGGAGAAGAUCCUGGAGGCUGAGCUGGCUGUGGAGCCAAAGACAGAGACCUACAUCGAGGCAAACAUGGGCCUGACCCCCAGCUCGCCCAACGACCCGGUGACAAACAUCUGCCAGGCAGCAGACAAACAGCUCUUCACCCUGGUGGAGUGGGCCAAGAGGAUCCCCCACUUCUCAGAGCUGCCCCUGGAUGACCAGGUCAUCUUGCUCAGAGCAGGCUGGAACGAGCUGCUGAUUGCCUCCUUCUCUCACCGCUCCAUCGCCGUGAAGGACGGGAUCCUGCUGGCCACGGGGCUGCACGUGCACAGGAACAGCGCCCACAGCGCCGGCGUCGGGGCCAUCUUCGACAGAGUACUGACAGAACUGGUGUCCAAAAUGAGGGACAUGCUGAUGGACAAGACAGAGCUGGGCUGCCUGCGAGCCAUCGUCCUCUUCAACCCCGACUCCAAGGGGCUGUCGAACCCGGCGGAGGUGGAGGCGCUGCGGGAGAAGGUGUACGCGUCGCUAGAGGCUUACUGCAAACACAAAUACCCCGACCAGCCCGGCAGGUUUGCCAAGCUCCUGCUCCGCCUCCCAGCCCUGCGAUCCAUCGGCCUGAAAUGCCUGGAGCACCUCUUCUUCUUCAAGCUAAUAGGCGACACGCCCAUCGACACCUUCCUGAUGGAAAUGCUGGAAGCGCCGCACCAAAUGACUUAGAGAACUCUGCUGGGUCAGUCCCUCGCCCGGCCGGGCUCCCUCGGGGCCCUUCCUCUGCUUUCCUCGGCCCCAGCCCGUCCCUCCCUGCUGCCCCCAGGGCCACAGGCACCGUCUGCUCCGGGGCACCCCCGGCCUCCUCCUGGUCGCCUGCCCCCCUGUCCGUUCGCUGUCACUGCUGCGUCUCCAGACCUGCUCGCUGGUCCCCUGUGCUACUUGUAGAGGAGUGGGAGCGGAGAGAGCUUUGCCAACCCCUGCCCCCCCCGCAGGAGAGAGCUUUGCCAACCCCGUGCCAUCAGGUUUGGGAUGAGCCACCGCGGGGCUGGUGUCACCCCCGGCCCUCCCCUGGGCACAAGGACGGUGCCAGCCCUCGGGGGCAGCGGGGUUUGGACGAGCCGAGGGGAGUGGUUGGACUCUGCCAGAUUUGCAGCUGGGCUAUUUUCAGAGGAUGGAGUUUUUUGGAAAAAAAAAAAAAAAAAAAAAAAAAAAAAAGAAAAGAGAA